AUGACACUGAAAUCCAACUUCAGAGUUCCAAAGUCUGCAGACGAACACGUCACCAUUUCGAUUGUCGACACACCAUGCGCCGCCGAGGGGUUAUCACUCACGACUUGGAGCUCAGCCGGCAUUCUGUCAAAUCUGCUCUAUAAGCUGGACAUUGAUAAGUUCCAACUCGGACAAGAGGACAUUGGUUACGCUAUCCUCGAGCUCGGCGCCGGCACUGGUCUGAGUGGUCUAUCUGCUGCGACAAUAUGGGGCAUGAGAGCGCUGCUGACAGAUUUGCCAACCAUCGUCCCUGGCGUGCAGGCCAACGUGGACCUCAAUAUCGAUACCCUUCGGGACCAUGGCGGAUCAGCGGCCUGCGGGACGCUUGAUUGGACGCAAACUGAUGUGAUACAUCUUCAUUCUGCCACCCAAGAGGACGCGGGUCAUUUCACAGUAGACGACGUCAAUGGGUUUCCUAUAAUACUUGCCGCCGAUACCAUGUACACUGAAGAGCAUCCAAAAUUGUUGAGUCAAACUAUUCUCAGGUGUUUGCGGCGCUCUCCACAGUCUAAAGCGAUCGUGGUGUACGCUAUGAGAGUCGCAUACAUUGAUUACAUGAGAGAGUUUUGGGAACUUAUGGAGGCCGGGGGGUUGAUGGCGGAACAGGAAGGCAGGGAAGAGAUUGACUUGCGAGAAUGGGAUGAUGAGAAACUACAUGAGUGGAGUGUGUGGAAAUGGAAGGACCUCUGA